AUGAUUCAACUUGUUAUUUUCAAAGAUUAUCCCACACCAUUAUUAACCCCAAUUAGCAGCAUUCAAGAGAGAGAUAUUGAGGAUGAAAUCAUUGUUGAACACGAUGAAAGUUCGGAUGUUAUGCCAGCCGCAGCUGCCUCCUCCUCGUAUCACCCAGUUAUGGGGCUCAAAAUGAAGGUCCAAUUAAUCAGAGGGGAAAAGGAAUUAAUAGACGCAUUGCUUCUGGAUGCAAAUGGAAUGGGAGAACUAGAUGGAAGAUCCAGAAUCUGGGUGGAGCAACUAAGAGGUAUUUCCCUUGAAGCUCAAUUUGUCCUUAACAAAUAUGAUGCCAAAUUGAAUCAUAAGCCAAUUCUCAUCUACAUUUGUAAGUACUGGACUCGACAUGUUGUUAGUAAGAAGAUAGAUGGUAUCAGAAACAAAAUUGAAGAUGCUUCUAGGAGAAGAAAAGCAUAUGGUUUAGUGCAAAUUCAAAGCCGAGUCGUAUCUAAGAUUCAAAUAUUACGUGCACGGAUGCAACCGUAUCUCGCUGCCAAGAAAUCCAGUGUGGUUGGAUUUGAUGAUGACACACAAGUUCUGAUGACGGAGUUACUGUCGGACGAGAAAUGCCGCUGCAUUACUUGGAUUGUUGGAGUCGGAGGCACAGGUAAGACAACACUAGCCAAUUUGAUAUUUGAAUACAACACUGUUGUAGCUCAUUUUCAGCGUCGCGUAUGGGUGUCACUGCCUUCAAAUUGUACGACACACCAGUUUGUUGCAGAAAUUGGCAAGGAGACCGCCAAGAAAAUUACAGUAGAAGAAGAAAACAUGCCCACUGAUUACGUACUCACAACCUUGGCACACUCAAAGUACCUUAUAGUUGUUGAUGGCCUUAAAGAAACAUCCAAAGUAUACUUGGAUACCUUGAAUAGGGUCAUACCUGAUAUGUUAACAGGAAGCAGAGUUCUUUUUACUACUCGCAAUGCAACAGUAGCCCAACAUGCAGCAGGUAGAAUCAUUCUUCACCCAUUACAGUUAUUAGAUGAUGAAACUAGUUGGCUGUUGUUCACAAGACAUUUGAAGGUCCCCAAGUCAGAAACAGAACUUAUCAAGGUUGGAAAAGAAAUUGUGAUGAAAUGUGGGGGACUGCCAUCACAAAUACUGAAAAUAAGUGAUUUGCUUUCACAUAAAGAUGUUACACAUGAGGAAUGGUUAAGCGUGCUAGGAGGGCAGCAGCUCAAGGAAAAUCAAAUACAAUGUUGGUCUGAAACGCUUGACACAAUUAAUACAAACUUACCUUAUUAUUUGAGAAGAUGCCUAUUUUACUUUGUGCUAUUCCCUGCUGAAUUUGGGAUCCCUGACAGAAGUUUGGUUGUUUUGUGGGUUGCCAAGAGUCUAAUUCAUCAAGCAGAAGAUGACGAAGUGCCCCCGGAGCUCGUUGCAGAAAGGUACUUGACAGAGUUGAUAGAUCGGAACAUGGUCCAAGUAGCCAAGAGAAAGCGCAAUGGAAAGGUGAAAACAUGUCGUCUCCCUAGUGCUUUGCGGAAACUCUGGUUGUCAAAGGCUAACGACUCCAGAUUUCUACAAGGUCGCCGAUCUGCCACGGAUUCAAGUGCAGACCCAAAAAAGUUCAUUAUUCGUCGGGUUGCAGAUCAUCUUGAUAAAGAUGAUAUCUGGAACGAUCACAUUCAUGGUGACAAUGCUAAUUUAACUUCCUUUCAAAGCUAUUACAAGGACGUUCUCUCCUUUCAUUCCUUUGAUAGUCAAGAGGGGAGUAAACCUGGAAAACAAGUAGGUAACUUUCUCAAGGGAUGUAUUUCAAGUGAUUGCUUUUUACUCCUUCUGGUGCUUGAUCUUGAACGCGUUUACAAGCCCAACUUGCCUAAGCGCAUAUCAAGACUUACCCGACUAAGGUAUCUUGGCUUGAGAUGGACCUACUUAGAGUCACUUCCAUCAUCUAUAAGCAAGUUGUUGAAGCUGCAAACACUUGACCUCAAACAUACAUACUCUUCCUACCUCAAUUUGGAAGAUGGAACUCAGACACUUGUUCUUGAGUGA